AUGUCAAAACCAUUCUGCUGCACCACCCUCAAACCAACGAAGCUCCCAACCCCAGACCACGAGCAAACCUUCACCGAAUUCACCAAAUGGGCCCUGGCAACAGACAACAAACCAGGAACCACCGAUCCCUCCGACGCCAGCGUGUGCAUCCAGGUCGUGCGUCAAGAUAACGGGGCGAUAGAGUCAGUCCGGUACUUUAUCGCAGUCGACGAGGGAAGAUUUGAAGAAGCCUCCGAAGCUGGGAUUGUGGAUGCGGAUUUCGUGAGGGUCGAUGAGUACGAAAUUGUCCGGUGCACCGAACACGAUCGAUCUUUUAUUCUUCAUCUCUACGAAGCGAGUACGGGGAGUUUGACUCAUUGGCGAGCUAGUAUUGCGAAACCGCUAAAGCAGCUUGAGAAUGCGAUCAAGAAUAAAAUAUCGGGGUCUGGAUCUGGAUCUGGGUCCAUGUCAAAAUCGGAAUCGGAAUUACGGGAUGUGCUGGGAUCGAUGGGGCCUGGUGUUGGGUAUAGAGCUAGCUCGGGCUAUGGAUACGGAACGGGGAUGGGGUACGGCUCUGCAUGGGGAUCUAGUUUGGGAUCUGGAUGUGGACCGAACUGGGGAACUGGGAAUUCGAUGAUUUUUGACAAGAAUGUGCCGUCUUCGACUACGGUUGAGACUGGGUCUCGUGAUUCUCAUAGUGAUGGACAAAACGAAGAUCAAGACCAAGAUCAAGACCAAGACCAAAGCCAAGACCCAAACCAAGAUGCUGAGAUACCUUCGCCUGAUGAUGGGACUGGAUGUACCUACCGAAAUAGUGACAAAGACGAGGCUGUGUCGUCUUCGUCUACGAUCGACACUGAGGUAAUUCAAGAUGAAGACGCAGGGCCAUGUUCGCCUCCAUGGGGAACCCAAGUUUACCAUGAUGAAGGCCGCAUGAGUCAGAGUUACUUGGAUAUUGAGGAUUACGGGUGUUAUUAUUCUGGGCGGUCUUCUGAUGACUAUGGAAGCUAUGACUGCGAUGGAGGAGAUAUUGACCUGACGUAUGACCAGGACUGUGGGGAUUGUGGAGGUUGCGACAAUUGA